GUAGUGGUGAUGUGAUGAAGGAGAAGCCGCCCUGCACGUCCGGAGGCUGUACUAUUGACUCGUCGCGGCGCCAUUUUGUGGUGCGUCAGACACAGCAGAUUCUUGAAGCUUUUUUGGUAAAUUGAUGGGACUUCCAAGCAAAGUCUUGGCGUCGUGAGACAAGAUGGAGCUUCAAGGCCAAGGGCUUGGUCUUACAGAAAUGAUCAAUGCCAUGGCUGCCCAGCAACACAUGUACACAGCAGCUGCAGCUUAUGGUAGUCUGGAAGCUGCAGCCUAUGCCCAGUAUCCACAAUAUGUAGCCCAGGUAAGCUACACGUCUCCAUUUCAGGGUGCAUACAUUGCCUCUGCUCCAGCCCCAGGUGGUGCCAGGGGACAUGGUCGUAGCAGCCUUGAUCCGUAUGACAGUUAUGCUGCUGCUCCUUAUGAGCCAGAACCUCCACGCCACCGUGAGCGGCGUGACCGUGAUGAUCGCCGCAGAGACCGGGACAGAGACCGUGACAGGGACAGGAGAGAUCGAGACCGGGACCGGAGAGACAGGGAUCGGGAUCGAGACCGGGACAGGGACAGGGACCGAGACAGGGACAGAGAUAGAGACAGAGACAGAGAUCGCUGGAGGGAUGACGACAGGGAUCGCAGUCCUCGCCGAGAUCGGGAUCAUCGUGACUAUAGAGACUAUGACCAUCACCGAGAUCACUAUGAAGAGGAACGGACGGAUUAUAAGUCUCAACCUCCAAACAAUACCAUCAUGGUGCGAGGUCUGGCCCAGCACAUCACAGAAAAUGAUAUCCGAGCAGAUAUUUUAGCUUGUAACCUCAUGCCAAAAGAUAUCCGGCUCGUCAGGAAGAAAGAAUCAGGUGCAUCAAGAGGCUUUGCCUUCGUGGAGUUUACGACGGUUCAUGACGCCACACGGUGGAUGGAAGCCAAACAGGGUGUUCUCAUUCUUCAAGAUGUAUAUAGAGCCACACUGCAAUACUCGAUUCCCAAAGAGUCCUCAGAGCGUCAAUCAAAAGCAUCACAAGAUUGGUUUUGCAUCAGGUGUGGGGCUCAUAAUUUCAAAAGAAGAGACUCUUGCUUUAAAUGUUCAGCUCCUCGGCAUGAGUCAGAAGCAGGAGAAGAGGGAAGUGAUGAAGUUUGCACCUAUCCAACCAACACUCUUCUUCUCCGUGGUCUUGAUGUGUUGAGCACGGAAGAGAGUGUAUUACAAGGGAUCCAGCAUGCUGGUAGUGACUUGCCUAUCCGGUCUGUUCGCAUUGGGAGAGACCCUCUCACCAACACAUCGAGAGGAGUCUGCUAUAUUGAACUUAAUUCUGUGCUGGAUUCCAUGCAACUUCACAAUAAGCUUGCCCAUUCCCCUCCCACUAUUGACAAUAAGCAGGUGACUGUAUCAUACUGCAAGUUGAACCAGAAUAAUGGAAACAACAACAAUUCAGGUAAUAACUGGUCAGGUCAACAGCAGCAGCAGCAAUACCACCAACCAGCUGAAUACACUGCAGGUGCUGACAUCAAGCAGUUGGCAGAGUACAGUGCCUCCUUAUAUGCACAGACUCCUGAAGAACAUGCUUCUUAUGUACAAUACUAUACAAUGUACUACCAACAGCAGGCUCAGGCAUACCAACAAAAUCAGCAACAACAAGGAAGCUCAAAUCAGUCAGAUUCUGUCAAUGCUGCAGCAGCUGUGGCUCAGUCUGCUUUACAAGCUAUGCAUCAGAAGUCUGCAGCCUCAACAGCAACAACUGCAGCAGCAGCAGCUGCUGCUGCUGCUGCCGCUGCAGCUGCAGCUGCAGCGGCACAAAGCACUUUAAGCACAACCACCACCACCACCACUACUACCACCUCAGAACAGACAACACCACCAACUACCACUACUUCUACAAACUAUGAUGGUGUUCAGAUGCAGAGUGGAGAAUAUCCCACUUAUCCACCACCUGAUGUCAGCACUUACCAAUAUGAUGAAACUUCUGGUUACUAUUACGAUCCAUCCACCACCCUCUACUAUGAUGCCAGUAGUCAGUACUACUACAAUGCAGAGUCUGGCCAGUAUCUGUAUUGGGAUGCAGAGAAGUCCACAUACCUUCCUGCUCCUGUUGGUGAAGAUGGUCAAGUUGGCAAGAAGGGAGAUAAGAAAGAAAAAGAAAAAGAUAAACAAGACAAGGUCAAAGUUGCCAAGAAGAUUGCAAAGGAUAUGGAGAGAUGGGCCAAAGCACAGAACAAAAGGAAUGAGAGUUCUGUGGGGAGCAAGAUAGCAGCAGGUGAACCUGUAGGAGGAGCCAAAGGUGAAGGAGGUGGCACUGGUGCUGCUGAUGCUGCCUUUGCAGUCUUAUUGGAACGCAGGGAUCGGGCUGCUCUAGCAGAGAAGCAAGCACAAGUGUUCCAUAUGCAUAUGAAGAAGGAGGCACCACCUGUAUUAGCUGGACUUAAGAAAUCUGGACUAGUGGCUGCAUAUGGAGGUGAAGGCAGUGACAGUGAGGAAGAGAGUGGAGCUGGCUUGAAUAACCUUGCUGGAGAUGAGAGAUGGGAAGAUAAACUUGUGGACUACCUCAAGAUGGCCUGCCUUCUAUGCAAGCGACAAUUUCCCAACAAAGAGGCCCUUGGCAGACAUGUGCAGCUUUCUGAUCUUCAUAAAACUAACAUGGAGAACAUGAGGAAAGCAAGAGGGUCUGGAGAGGGAAGUGGUGCAGGAGGCCUUACCUCGGCCCAGUACCGCGAUAGAGCUAAGGAAAGGCGUCAGAAGUAUGGAGAACCCAGUGUACCAGCACCUAACAAACUAAAGGAACGAUACAUUGCCUCAAGGGAAGAAGUAGCAGCAUCCAAAUAUGAAGAGCCAACCAAACAAGGCAUUGGUAGUGACAAUAUUGGCAAUAAACUCCUGAAAAAGAUGGGAUGGACUGAUGGUCAGGGCCUUGGAAAGGCUAACCAAGGACGAACAUCCAUUAUUGAGACGGAGAGGCGUGUAGCUACUGCUGGAUUGGGCCUGCAGGGCAGUACUUACAGUGUUGUUGGUGAUAGCUAUAAAGAUUGUGUCAAAAAGAUGAUGUUCCACAGAUAUCAGGAGUUAGAUGCACAAGAAAAGAAUACAAAAAACUAGCAAGGUUGUAAUGUCCAUUGGUUGCUGAAAGUGAAAAAAAAUAUGGUAGUGUUGCUUUGAGAAUUAGAAGUAAAUGUAUUUCUCUCUCUCUCUCUCUCUCUCUCUCUCUCUCUCUCUCUCUCUCUCUCUCUCUCUCUCUCUCUCUCUCUCUCUCUCUCUCUCU